AUGAUAUCAGAGCCUUCAACAUCAUCAUCUCAUUUAUGUAAUCGACGGGUAGCUUUACUAUGUUGUGGGGAUUUCAAUCCUCCUAAUUAUAGCCAUUUACGAUUAUUCGAACGUUCCAAAGAUUUUUUACAAAAAACAUUAAACUGUCAAGUGCUGGAAGGGAUUAUAUGUCCAACAUCUGACUAUAACCACCAUGGCGAGCUGUCAGCAUCGAAACAUCGUGUACGAAUGAUUGAAACGGCUGUAAGGCGAAGUUCAUGGAUAAGAUGUGGUGAUUAUAAUAUUAGGCAAAAUGGUUAUGUUAGACCUAUAGCAUUGAUAAAAUAUUAUCAGAAGGAAAUUCAUAAGAAAUACGGUAGUGAUGUGGCUCUCUUGAACUUAUGUGGUAGUGACGCUUUCGAAACGUUUCGAAACAUCGGCUCAUUAAACGAUUGGACAGAUAGCGAAUUAUAUGAUUUAUUAUCGAAUCAUGGACUAGUUGUGAUGAAACGUGGAAAACAACAACAAUCAUCAUCGAAAAUUAUUUAUUUGAUGGAUAUUUUACGAAACAAUCAGAAAAAUAUAUUUAUCAUUGAAGACGAAACGUAUCCUUCGGAUGUGAGUUCGACGCGAAUAAGACGAGCCAUACGACGUGGAGAAUCAGUACGCUAUUGUUUGGACGAUGAAGUGUUAGAGUAUAUUGAGGAACAUCAGCUUUACCUCAACAAUCCGAUUUGCAACAAUAUCAUUCAUGAUGUCACGACUUCAUCAGCUGCGACUUCAUCGUCAGCUACAACAAGUACAUCUUCCAUGAAAGCGUUGAUACAAUCAAAUCAAAAUUUCGAUACGAAAAAAACGAAGUCGGAGGAUUUUUUGAAUGACAUGAUAUCUCCUAUUUGGAAAACUCCUCCAUCAAGUAAAGAGAACAGUCAUGAGCCCGAACAACUAAGUACUGAACCUUCUGAACCACCAACGAUUGUUCCGGUUGAAUCAGAGAAAGUGUCAAGACCAACGAUGAAGCCAAUACUAUCACAGCCGAACCCUGCUGCUGAUAGUCCAUUGCCAAAUCUACCAAGCAACACUGUGCCACCGGCUCCUUUGCGAAAGCCUUCAAAUCUUCCUUUACCUCCGUCAGCAAUCAACUCCAAUAAUCUGGAUGCAACACGAAAAUACUCAGCUCUAGCUCCUAUUGACACAAAUCUGUCUCUCUCAUUGAACUUUCCUCCUCCCAUGGGAUCUCCACAUUAUGAUAACGUAACUUUAGAUGAUUUAUUGCUGGCGAGCACUUCAUGGGCGGAAUAUUUGAAUGAACAACGAGCCCAAAAUGAUAAGCGAAAGAAGAGUGGUCUAGUUGAAGUCGAGACAGCUCCCCCUCUCACUCACACCUCUGUCAAUAGCUUAACUAAGAAUCCUAAUUAUGUAAAUGGCAAAGGCUUACCUAAACAACUAUCACCCAUCAAAAACAAAGAGAAAAAGUCUAGAGAAGAACAACCGAAAGAACGAAAAAGGAGUUGGUUCCCUUUCAACAAUCGUUCGAAAAGUCUGAAGGAAACCGUCCCGGUUUUCACACCAAACUCUGAAGACGACUCUCUGAUUCGUAUUUGUGGAACAGAUCGACGUUUACAACAACAAACAUCGCCCGAGUUACUGUGGCGGAAAGUGAAAGAUUUCGGAAUCACAAAAGAAAGAUGGUCCGAAAUUGCAAACUGUUCUUCGAGGAAGAGCUCAGCGAAUGCGGUUCUAAUGAAUAACAACAGUCCUACAAAGAAGAAAAGUGAUUCGCGUAAUCUUAGAUUUGCUCAACAGAUGGCGAAGUCAGCUGAAGAUUUGAAUAGAAUCAAAUGUUUCAAUUCAAUCAAUGGCGAUUUGACAUCCAAACAUCCUGAUGGGGAAGGAUUAUCACGUUCUUAUUACAGUGGAAUGUCAGAUGAAUGUCGGAAUGUUUCCGCUAAGAAUGGUGUAACUCUUACAUUUCGUCGAUAUCGCUUAACAGCCACCCCAGAAACAACUGUAUAG